UCUUAUAUUAGUCAAAGCGAUUCUAAAGAGCCUUCUUCAUUUUUUGAUUCAUAUGCUUAUAUUUAUAGUGAAGAUGAAUUUGCUAAUAAACAAGAAAGUGAUAAAGAGCCUGAUUAUUGUGAUAAAAAUAAUGAUGAUAUAAUUAAAAUUAAUGCUUUAUUUCCUAGUUGA